GUUUCGGAAGGAAAUGAACAUUCUCUUCUUGGUUGAUACAUCUUCAUCGAUGAAUCAACUCACAACCAAUGGGAUGAAAUUGAUUGAUAUUUCCAAGCAUUGUAUUGAACAUUUCAUCAAGAAUAGACAAAAACAUUUAAUGCACCAACAAAAAAGGGAUAAUUAUCUAUUGGUAACAUCUGGACAAAAGGUAGUUGUUGGAUGGAAAGAUGCCACGGAAUCAUCAUGUUUCCUUCAAAGAUUGAAAUCCCUAAAGGCUAAUGAUUUGACUGAAAUUGGGCCAUCUUUGAAAAAGUCUUUUGAUGUUUUAAAUCAACAUCGGCUUCAAAAAGGAGUGGACCAUUAUGGCAUGGGAAGACAUGCAAGUGCUGUAGAAAAUUCUGCUAUUGUUUUAAUUACGGAUGGUGAAAGAUUAACUCAAUCUGUUAAUCCAUUCGACCAAAGAGUAUUUGUAAAUCAAUUUUUGGAUGCCAACAAAUUGACACUCCCUAAUCCACAUUCAUAUUCUACAAAAUUGACAGAGGAACCAUUUAGAUGGGAUCAAAGAGUGUUCAGUAUUAUUUUACAAUUUCAAGCUGUUGGUACUUCUUUGACAACUGUUUCUCCAUCAGCUUCACUUAAUCCCUCAUUGGCCAAUCAACAACAACAACAAGCCAAUUUGACAAAUCAAACACCAACUAUUACAGAUAAUCCAAUAGCUCCAAUAAGUGAAGUUACAGGUGGCUUAUCGAGAACUUUCUCAAAUAUGGUUUCUCUCCUAAAAUUUAUGGAUGAUUUAUCUGGUGUUCAGCUUGCUAGACCUUCAGUGGUUGUAAAUUUUGACAUUGUAAAAACAUUGAAUAAUAAGCAAUCCAGUGUUUUCCCUCCAACAAAUAAUGAGGGUCUAGGAAAAACUGUACUACAAUAUAUUACUCAACCUCAGCAAAGAGAAUCCUUUUGGCCAAUACCAGAGAACUAUCUUCCAGGUGCUAACAUGACAGAACUGCCAACAAGAAGAGCUCAACCAUCUAUUUCUUUACUAUAUACUGAAAAGAAUGAUAUUCUUUUGACAAUGGCUCUUAACAAAUUCCCAAUUUAUGAUAUUUUUGAAAUCAGUACUCAAAGUCCAAUUGGAAAAUAUGUUAUUCAACAGUCAAGCAGAGAAGGAUGCUAUAAAGCCUUUGUAACAAACAGUACUCCGAGUAAUUAUGGAUUUGGAGAAAGUUUUGGAUUUUUAAAGAAGAUUGCUGUCCAAAAUAGUACUGGAGAAGUUGAAAAUAAGAUUUAUUUCUACCUUCUGCCAUAUAACUUUUUGAGAUUAUUUUAUUUGAUGAAUGAGUUUGUUGUAACCCACAAGUCUCAACCCUCAGCUGCUUGGAUCCAACAGUUCCAUAAAUUUGUACAGAAUCUCCCUGCCUACUAUAUCAAACCACUUAAAUCAGCGAUGAACAAAUGGUUUGGAGCAUUUGCCCAUUUCCCUGAUGUACCUUACGAACUACCAAGCUCAUUACAACUCUAUUACAAGCAACUAGUUGAUGAGGAGAAACGAUUUAACAAAGAUAUGGAAUUAGAGGAAAGUGGAUCAUCUACCAAUGUAAAUUUACCAAAUGACUCACUUCCAAAAAAUGACGACCAAAUGCAAGAUCCUCCAUCCUUCCCAAUAAUCAGUUUCACAAAUCCAUAUGUUGCCAAAAAGGAAACCAAUAAUUUAAUUAGAAAUCCAUUCGAUAUCGACAAAACAUCACUCCUGAAACAAAUGAAAAUGAUGAGCCAGUACCUUUUCCAUUCAGUUGUUGUAGAAGUUCCAGAAGAUGCUGACCAUUCUAAAAUACCUUUGGAUCAACAUUUAAGAGAUUUAUCAAAAGAAGAAAUUAAGAAACACUCCACUCCAAUAUCUCAAAUGGGUAACUUUGAUAAGGUAUUAUUGUCUAAGGAGGUUUUGAGAGACCCAUUCGAGCCUCAAAAGCAGAAACAAGUCAACUUUGGAAGCCCAUAUCAGAAAAAGAAAAAGAGAUUGAGAUCAAUUCAUAUGAACGCCCCAUUACUUCUCGAUAAAUUAGUUGAUGAAUCUGAGAUGGAUCUGAAACAAAAGGAGGAGGAAGAAUCAUCAGAAUUUGAUGCAAAGGUGGAAUCAAUGCUCUUAUUAGAACCAAACAUUGCCGAUUCAAAUGUAUCAUCAAUACCAGUUGAACCUAGUUCAGCUCCACUUGAAACACACGAACCUUUUGAAACAGAGUUAGAAAAGAUUGAACCAGUUCCACCAAUUAUUGAAGAUGCUGUUCCAAUUAUUGUAGAUGAUCUGUUGUGA